AUGGAGAGAUUAACCCAGCACCCCAAGGGCCACGAGCAGCCCAGCAACUACAGGAGGGACAAGCUGGGGCAGAGCUGGGAGUGUUGCAAGCACGAGACAAGGAUGCAGAGCUUGCAGCCGGACCCCAAGGCCCAGUACAGGAGUGUGUACGAAGCUCUGAAGAAGAUUGUCCUCACAGAGGGUUUCUGGAGGCCUUUACGUGGGAUUAAUGUCACCAUGCUGGGGGCUGGCCCUGCCCAUGCCAUGUACUUUGCCUGCUAUGAGAAAAUGAAAAAGUCUCUAAGUGAUACUCUCCAGCAGGGAGGAAACAGCCACUUGGCCAAUGGUAUAGCUGGGAGUGUGGCCACACUGCUUCAUGAUGCCGUGAUGAAUCCUGCCGAAGUGGUGAAGCAGCGGAUGCAGAUGUUCAACUCGCCCUACAAGUCGGUCCUGGCCUGCAUCAGGACAGUGCAGAGGACAGAGGGGUUUGGUGCCUUCUACCGCAGCUACACCACCCAGCUCACCAUGAACAUCCCCUUCCAGGCCAUCCACUUCAUCACCUACGAGUUCAUGCAGGAGCAGAUCAACCCACACCGGGACUACAACCCCCGUUCCCACGUCGUGUCCGGCGCCGUCGCGGGGGCCGUGGCCGCUGCUGCCACCACCCCCCUGGACGUCUGCAAGACCCUCCUCAACACCCAGGAGAACAUGGCCUUGAGCUCAGUGAACAUCAGUGGGCACCUCUCGGGCAUGGUGAAUGCCUUCAAGACUGUCUAUCAGCUUGGGGGGGUGUCAGGCUAUUUCAGGGGGGUGCAAGCACGUGUCAUCUACCAGAUGCCCUCAACAGCCAUCGCCUGGUCGGUCUAUGAGUUCUUCAAGUACUUCCUCACCAAGCACGAGAGUCACCUCCAGGAACCAGAACUGCACAAAAUCUUCCCAUCAGAGGUGGGCACAAACAGAUGA